AUGGCACAGAGCCUCGUUCAGGUCCAGGUCCAGAGACCCGAAGAGCCUCGCAGCAUCGCCGCAAAGCUUGGUCCUGGAUCUGGCCACCAAGAACAGCAGCCUCGCAAUAUGAACCGUCCAGAGACCGAAAGCUCGACGCCGGUCAAUCAGAAUGGGUCUUUUGCGGUCGACCGUGUCCUAAAGAGCGGAUCGCUCCGCAGACGUACGCGCAAGACCAAGUCGUGGAAGUCGAUCUACCUUGUCAUGCGCCCCAACCGACUGUCGAUAUACAAGGACGAGAAGGAGGACAAGCUGCGACAUCAGAUCUACUUGAACGACCUGACUGCUGUCGCGUUCCUCAAAGAUCCCAAACACAAGCGCGAACACGUGUUUGGCCUUUUUUCGCCCUCCAAGAACUUCCAUUUCGAGGCGCCCACGCAGAAAGAGGCUGAGGAGUGGGUACAACUGAUCCGCAAGGAGGCGCGCAUCGAGGAAGAAGAGGAAGAAAUGUCUUUAGCUAGCCCUGCGGCUCGCCGGCGUACACCUGGCGGCUCAGCAGUCUUGGGACAGCUAGGCGAGCAUGAUGAGUUCUUGCUGUCAAGCUCGCCCGAGCCGCUCAGCCCGUCCAUGCCGAUUCCUGUGCCUCGCCGGAGGAAGUCAGCACACAUGGAGUCAUCCGGGCUGUCGGGGCUGUCUGGCAACGAACUCGCGUCCCACUCCGACUUUUCUGACAACGAGGCUACCGUGCGUCUACCGGCCGCAUCUUUUGAGAGCUUAUCCGCCAGCGCACCACAGGCGCCGCCAUUGAGCGACAACAUUGGGGUCGGUUCAUAUCCUCGCGCCAGCCCUCUGAACCGCUCUUCAAGUCAUCAAAGCACGGCAGCCGCCGAAUUAGAUCCCGAUCGCGUCAUUUGGCAUGGCUGGCUGUACCAUCUACGAACCAAGGGAGGCGUCCGGCAGUGGAAGCAUCUGUGGGGAGUGCUGCGCCCUCGCAACCUCAUCCUGUACAAGAACCAGCAAGAAUACACCGCACAGCGGAUCCUCCGUCUAUCUGCAAUAGUCGAUGUUGUGGACAUAGAUCCGAUGAGCAGGAGCAAGACAAACUGCCUACAAAUCAUCACCGAAGAGAAGAGCUACAAAUUUGCGACACACGACGAAGAAGCGCUCGUUCAAUGCGUCGGUGCUUUCAAGAGCCUUUUGGCCAAAAGACGCGAGCUCGAAGCUCGAAUUGCCGCCGGAGGACAGCAGCAGCUUGCGCACUAAUUAAUGGUUUGGGCACAUGAGCCCAGCCUCUUUACGAAUUUACGAAAAAGCGACUUUGCGACAUCUUUCUAUAUGUCAGCCUUUGUAUUCCCUCAGACGCUGUCGCCUGGUCGUUAGUAUCACAAUCACCGGCCCAACCCGUGUGGCACAGACAUUCUUGUACAAACCACCUUGUUAGGGGUUCGAGCUAGGAGUUGAGUGGCGCGCAUCUGCUGGACAGCGCGGAUAGAAACAGCGAUCGUUCAACAUGGGUUUUUAUUUCCUUACUUUCGACACAGAACAGGGAAUUAUCCCGUGAAUAGUUUAUCGCUUAUACCUACUACUAGUAAUCCAUCAACCCAGACACGCGCAUGUGCACCAUAACCUCUUGUUAUCAGCUUGCAUGUCCACCAUGACUUUCUGUGCGGAUGCAUGACGUUG